GCUAGUCACCUCCUCAGACCUGAGUCUUCACUGAACGCACAGAGGUCCAACGCCAGACAGCAGCCGAGGGACCCUCAGCGCUCAGAGGGAGGAGUGGAGGAGUCCUCCGGCCCUCCCACUGGCUAUAAGACCAGGGGCAGACGGAAACACUCAGACGGCAGGCACACGUGGAGCAAGAGGCAGGGAGAGAGAAGGACGUGGAGAGAGGCUGAGAGAGAGGGAGACAGACCAAUAGAGAGCAAGAGACAAACUGCUGCCACAGACUGGGAGUAGUUUUUGCUACUGGGAUUGAAACAGACAAAUAUAGAAACAAAGGACCAAAAAAGAGGUUUAGAGAAGAAAAAGAGGACAAAAUCAACGGCCAUUUGACUUCAACGUGCCAUUUAAAAUUUUGGGAUUAACAGAAAGAAGAACUGACCUUUGGGAUGUGAAGUGUUUUGCGUAAAUCAAGAGAAAAAAACACAGCAGCUCUGAGGUCAAGUUGCUCUUGACCACUGACCUAAGGAUCAACUCGCUGAUCUUUUAAACCAAGUCUAACUAGUCAUCAUAAGGGCUACAUCUGACUCACCUGGCUUGACUCAUUUUGCAACCAAGAGAAGUUGGGGGUAAAGUAAUUUAAGUGGUUGGUGCCUUUAGUCAAAAGCAUCAACAGAAACUUUCGAUCUCAAACUUGCAAACGUUACGAGUUGAACCUCGCCAAGUGGAAGUCUCACAAGGAUUGACCAGCAGCUGACAGAACGUUGUUUACGGUGAAGAUGACAUUCGCCAUGCUGCGCACGGCGCCUCCCGCAGGCCGCUUCUUGUACGGUGACAUCGCUCUCCUCUCCGAAGACGAUGAUGAAAACGGGAGCGAGGGUUCGGGCUCUGAGGAGCGUACCACCAACUCCUCCAACUACCGCCUGUCCUCCUCUUCGCCAUCUGCCUUUCACAUCAAGGUGAACAGGAAGAGGAAGCUGUGCGGGGCAGGAGGGGGCGUAGGGGGGGAUGUAGAGUCCAUGAUGGGGAGGCUCCUUCCCCAGGGGUCUCCCAUCCUUGGGGAGGGUCGCCAGAGGACUGCAGCCAACGCGCGGGAGAGAGAUCGCACCAAUUCUGUCAACACGGCAUUCACAGCGCUGCGCACACUCAUCCCCACCGAGCCCGCAGACAGGAAGCUGUCGAAGAUCGAGACACUUCGUUUGGCCAGCAGCUACAUCAGUCACCUGGGGAACGUCUUGCUCCUUGGCGAGGGCCUUCAUGAUGGACAGCCGUGCCACGCUCCCUCACCACCGUUCUUCCACGUGAACUCCUCCCCCAACCGAGGAUCUGACCAAUCAGCUCAGCCAAAGCACAUCUGUACUUUCUGCCUCAGCAACCAAAGGAAAAUGAACAAAGACAGAGACAGGAAGACGGCCAUCAGAAGUUAACAAUGAGGACACAAACCACACGGAUGAAGUGCUCGUCACUUUGACAGCGCUUUCGGUGAUCUUACAGUUACUACAACUUGAAGACUUUUCAGACUUGUGUUGCAUUUUUAAAGACUUUUGAAGGACUUCUUUAGCACUUCCAGGACUUUUCAAGGAACUUUCCAAGCAUUUCUUCUUAUUUGUUUUCUUACUUUUUAUCACUUUUUACUUUUUAGGGUGUUUUCAAAUAUGAUUGAAAACAUUUCUGAAAAGUUGAACAGUACUUUUUAAAAUGGCUUUUACAUGCUUAUCAAGACCAUGACGAGACUUUUUACUGUAUUGUUCAAAGACUCCGGGACUCGUUGGUCAGAGUCUAAGGAACUUAUGGCACAUGAUCGAAAAACACACAGAACCUUUGAAACAAAAAAAUGUAUUCAUCAAAAGCUGUGUGUUAUUAAUGUGUAAACUGAAAUACAAAUGUAUAUUUAUGUGACAUAACAUUAUAUAAUGAAACUAUGUUAUUUAACCGGCAUUGACAUUCAUAACAAAUGAUGUAUAAAGGUGCAACAAAUUGGCUAUUGACAUCACAAAAAAAACAAAAACAUGCUGGAGUAGUAGUACUACUAGUACUAGUAUUUCUAGUAAUCAUCUUUGAAAAAUGUCCUAAUGCUGGAAAAAUAACUCAAGACGACCAAUAAAUUGUUUGUAUAUCUGGGAGUAUAUUUCA